UUGUGUGGGUGUAAAUUAAUGGGGUAAGGAGACUCAAAAGCAUUGCUCAAAUCAAAAGAUAAAGCUAUGUUUAGCACAUAACUUUCCAUAGUUUAGUUCUCUUUCACGGAACGUAAUUCUGAUUUUAUGGAAGUAGCAUUGGACAAAGUGACAAUGGACCAAGUACCCAAUGAAGUGCACCAAGUUGUUGCACCACCCUACAAGAGCUCCCUACAGAAGUUCAUCACCAAGGUUAAGGAAACUUUUUUCCCUGAUGAUCCUCUGCGCCAAUUUAAGGGACAACCACUCAAGAGAAAACUAAUCCUUGGAGCUCAAUAUGUGUUCCCUGUGCUUCAAUGGGCUCCUAGUUACAGCUUCAAACUUUUUAAAUCUGACCUUAUUUCUGGUCUCACCAUUGCUAGUUUGGCCAUCCCCCAGGGAAUCAGUUAUGCUAACCUUGCAAAUCUUCCUGCAAUUCUGGGACUCUAUUCUAGUUUUGUUCCCCCCCUUGUGUAUGUUGUUCUUGGAAGCUCAAUGGAUCUUGCAGUAGGACCUGUUUCUAUUGCUUCCCUAGUGCUGGGAUCCAUGCUCACAGAGGAAGUGUCUCCCAGUGAACAACCUGAUCUUUUUCUUCAAUUAGCUUUAACUUCAACAUUCUUUGCUGGGAUCUUUCAAGCCGCUCUUGGAAUUCUAAGGCUAGGAUUUAUCAUUGAUUUUCUAUCAAAGGCAAUCCUUAUUGGAUUCAUGGCUGGAUCUGCUGUAAUUGUAGCUUUGCAACAGCUCAAGGGCCUUCUCGGAAUCAAACAUUUCACCAAAAAGAUGGCCCUGGUUCCAGUUUUGAGUUCUGUUUUUCAAAAUAAACACGAGUGGUCGUGGCAAACAAUAUUGAUGGGGGUUUGCUUCUUGGUGUUUUUACUGGUUGCAAGACACAUUAGCAUAAGGAAACCAAAGCUAUUCUGGGUCUCAGCUGGAGCUCCUCUUGUGUCUGUCAUCAUCUCUACUGUCCUCUCUUCUGUAAUCAAGGCUCAACUUCAUGGCAUCAGUGUGAUUGGAAAAUUGCCACAAGGAGUAAAUCCUCCUUCAGUGGAUAAGCUACUUUUUCAAGGAAGUCAUCUCGGUCUAGCCAUCAAAACUGGCCUUGUCACUGGGUUAUUAUCCCUCACGGAAGGAAUUGCAGUGGCAAGGACAUUUGCUUCUAUCCGAAACUACAAAGUGGAUGGAAACAAGGAAAUGAUGGCAAUCGGGUUCAUGAAUGUGGUUGGCUCCACCACAUCCUGCUAUGUUACAACAGGAUCUUUCUCUCGCUCGGCUAUCAACCAUAAUGCAGGUGCUAAAACAGCAAUGUCAAACUUAGUAAUGUCUGUGACAGUCUUGGUGACACUACUGUUUCUUAUGCCAUUAUUUCAAUACACACCAAAUGUUAUAUUGGGUACUAUCAUAAUAACAGCAGUGAUUGGCCUCAUUGAUCUCCCUUCUGCCUAUCUCAUUUGGAAGCUAGACAAAUUCGAUUUUGUUGUGAUGUUGACUGCAUUCUUUGGUGUGAUUUUUAUCUCUGUCCAGCUUGGCCUUGCUAUUGCAGUCGGAUUAUCAGUUUUCAGGAUACUCCUGCAAGUUACAAGGCCUAAAACAGUAAUGUUGGGGAACAUACCUGCAACAACCAUAUAUAGAAAUAUUCAUCAUUAUAAUGAAGCUACAAGAGUACCUGGUUUUCUUAUUUUAAGUAUAGAGGCUCCCAUCAAUUUUGCAAACAUCACAUAUCUCAACGAGAGAAUAUUACGAUGGGUAGAUGAAGAAGAAGCUACUAUAAAUGAUAACUUAUGCCUUCAAUUUGUGAUUCUGGAAAUGUCAGCUGUGAGUGCCAUAGACACAAGUGGAGUCUCACUUUUCAAGGACUUGAAAACAACAUUGACAAUGAAGGGUGUUCAGCUUGUGUUGGUGAAUCCUCUAGCUGAUGUUAUAGAAAAGCUGCAAAAAGCAGAUGAAGUUGAUGAUUUCGUUCGAGAAGAUUACCUUUUCAUGACAGUUGGAGAGGCUGUAACUUCACUUUCAUCACUAAUGAAGGGCCAAUCACCAACCAUGGAAGAAGAGGAGGCACAGAAAAUUGUGACUGAGUACUAAUUUGUUACUUAAGAUAGCAGAAAGGAAAACAAAAAUUAAAAAGAAGCAGCAGCGGCAGAGUAGAAUAGAGUUGGUAUGGACUGAUUAAUGCAACUAGUUUAGAAAACUAGGCUCCACUAGGCAUCUCCUUGUGGAAUUGAAACUGUCUCCUAGAAUAUAUAGAAUGGCCUCACAACUCACAAGCGAUCCUUGGCCGUGAGUUGAAGUGGUAACAAGUUGGUUGUGAAUUUAGGCUUGAGAAAUACUAGUAACACACUUUUUUGUGUUGCUAGCACUCCUCAUUUAGGCAUCCAUGCUGAUUUCCAUGUGCUUUUGAGCACCUCAGGCUCAACAGAACCUCUUGUGAAUAUCUGUUGUGUACUAUAAAAUAAAAACCUCAGAAAAAUUGACUAGUCAAUGUAAUCCAUAGUGCUACUCAAUCAGUGUACAUAACAUUUGUGUGUAACUAGCAUUGAACUCUGGAGGAUAAGUCCUCUUUAUAGCAUCAUUAUCUUCUUGG